UGCAUUCCCUUUUUCCUGCGUGUGGCACGUCGGAGUUACCGCUAGAUAUCUAAUCCCCCUUCCCCUCUCUUCUUUUUUCUACCUGCACACUCAUGACACGGCGGAUUUGAUCUCCAUGAGUGAUCUCCACGCUCGUUGAGAGUCGGAACCUUCCCUUUCGGGUCACUUUCCUCCCUCCUCCCCCCUUCCUCCUCCCCCUCCUCCCAUCUCAGCGACAGUUGCCAUGGAGAACUCCUCGGUGGCGUCUGCAUCGUCUGAGGCAGGAAGCACGCGCUCGCAGGAGAUAGAAGAGCUGGAGCGCUUCAUCGACAGCUACGUGUUGGAGUACCAGGUUCAGGGGAUUCUGGGAGACAAGGCAGAUGGAGAGUUGGACUUGGACAACGGUGGCAAGGUGCCCGAGUGGACAGACGACUGCAUCGAGAAGAGGGAUGGUAGUUGGACGUCAUCGCAGGGAAGAGGCUCGGGGAAACCUGAUGAGUGGGAACACAGCAGUAAUGGCAGCACGGGUUCAAGGCCCAGUUCAGGCUCCAGACCUGGAUCUGGGUCUCGCUCUGGCAGCAGAGGACGGAACAACCAGUUCAAGGGUCCGGCCAAGAAUGGGAACAAAGAUGGCUCCUUUGACAUCCUGGGAACAGACAUAUGGGCUGCUAACACGAUGGACUCGCAUGGAGGUGCAGGUUGGGAUGUGCAGCCGGAGAAGCUGGACUUCAGCCACUUCCACAGAAAACACUUCAGAGGAAUGCCAAAGCACCUGCCACACAUUGACAGAGAGGGGAUGAACAAAAACAAGUUUGCUGAAGAUGAUGGAAUAGACAUGAACGACAUCGAGAGGUUCCUACCUCAUCUACGCUCUGUCUUUCCACCCUUUCCUAAUGAGGCUGAGAUUGCACACACCAAAAAGCUGUUCCGACGCCGGAGGAACGACCGACGAGCAUUUGAUCACUUCAACCGAGACCAGUUAACCGUACUUCUGCCCACUGGCCCAGGGGGAAAACGGCAAGUCUCAGCCAGGAAGCAGCAGCGAGGGGGAGGAGGAGGAGGAGGAGGAGGAGGUGGAGGAGGAGGAGGAGGAGGAGGAGGGGGGAAGAACCAGCCUCAGGACACACAACAAUCGCCACAGUUGCAGUGGGAUCAAACCCAACCGCAAUGUCCGAAUCAACAACAACAUAAUUUAACAGAACUGGGGGAUAACAGAAACAAUAAUGCUGGCCGACCACCUCGCCAGUACCAGGGAGGACACGGGCAACGCGGCGGAGGGCCCCCACAUCACGGAUACAGCCAGAAUCGCCGUUGGCAUCAAAACCAGAAAGGGCCCGGACAGAACUCUACUGGGGACAAAGGAGUGCCCUCAAGAUCAACCAAAGACAGAGAGACUGACAAUGUAAAAGUGGGUGAUGAGCAGUACAGGCCAGCUCAAAACUGCAGCGGUAACUGCCCACAUGAAUCACCCAGAUGUGACUCAACACCCAGUACAAAUGCCUUCAGAGACAUGACAGUUCACAAAGAGUCUGCCAACCCACCGCAGACUGGCAAGGCGAGUGACGGCCAGUCAGAGCAGCCCAAAAUCAACCUUCUGCAGUCGUCAAAAGAAAGACUAAGGAGGAGACUUAAGGACAAGGAAGAGGCGCGAGUGGAGGACUCGGGCUCCGGGUCACAGAACAUAGACCGGCUCGUGGACCUUCUCAACAGCAUGAGAAGCAACAGCGUGGGGGUGGAGCAGCAGCUGGCCUCCUUCAUGGAGGAGGCGCAGAACUCGGCUCGCUCCGAGGAGACGCUGGCUCAGGUGGUCAGGACCAUCUACUGCAAGGCCGUGUCUGACCGGAGCUUCGCGGCGACGGCCGCUAAACUCUGCGACAAGAUGGCCCUCUUCAUGGUGGAGGGGACCAACUUCAGAUCGCUGUUGCUCAACAUGCUGCAGAGUGACUUUUCCCGCCGCGAGGAGCUCCAGCAGGCAGAUGUGGAGCAGUGGCUGGGCUUCAUCACCUUCUUGUGUGAGGUGUUCGGUACGAUGAGGAGCAGCUCCGGGGAGCCCUUCAGGGUGCUGGUGUGUCCCAUCUUCACCUGUCUGCGAGAGCUACUCGAGUCGACAGAUGUGAAGGAAGAUGCAGUCCUUUGUUGCUCCAUGGAGUUACAGAGUACGGGCCGACUCCUGGAGGAGCAGUUCCCAGAGAUGAUGACGGAGCUGUUAGCCGCCGUCAGGGACAAGAUGUUGUGUCCUGCAGGAUCUCAGCUGACUCGCUCGCUGCUCAUGGAGGUCAUCGAGUUGCACGCGCACCGCUGGGGCCCCUUGGAGGCCCUCACCACCCAAUACUACAACCGUACUAUCCAAAAGCUCACCACCACUGCCUAGCCCUAGCCGCCAAGCUCCCACGGGCGGCAGAGGAGACGGACGGGCCCUCACGCUGAUUGAUGCCCCGGUGGGGGCGGGGGGGGGAGAUGGAGAUGUUUUCUCCUCAUCAACUUCAAAAAGUAACGACACUCUUGCCUGCUUAAAUAAAUGCUAUACAUAGCUCUUGAGCUUAACUGUGAAUUCCACGAGACAGGUGAUGACGGUUCACUGCCAAAAAACAAAGCAAACACGAGCUACCAAACAGGUAACGGUGAAUCUGGACACGGCUACGUGGCCGGUAGGGGCGUGCUUGGUCCACGCCGCGUCUGGGAGCUCGGCCAGCUGCGGGAUGCUGAGGGAUAAAGG